GUUAGCAAUUGUUGGGUCUACAGAAUUGUUAGAAUCUUCAUCAUGUCUCGUUCAGUAAUGAUUUGUCUCCUAGUAUCUGCAGUUGCCGUUUUCAGCCAGCAAGUCAAUUCGCAGCAGAGACCCGACUUGGACUUGCACCAAAGAAUCAAACGAGGCGACUUCUAUGGACCGAAUGGACUGGGAGCUGGAAAUGGGGGAUUGGGCGGUUAUGGUGGCACUUACGGUGGGUUGGGUUUGACCGGAAGUUCGUUCAAUCCAGUCCUGUUCCAAGGUGCUGCCGUGGCGGGAGGUUUCGCUAAAGAGGCCUACAAUGCCAAUCUGGCUUCUUUGGCGUCUGCCGAUGGACUUUUAAGCGGAGGAUCGUUCGGAGUCGGAUAUUACGCCGGAGCCGUCGCCAACGCGGCCGCUGCCGGUGCGGCGGCUGGCAACAAGCACAAGGGAGGCUCAUCUUUGUCCUACGGUCGUCGUUGAGUCCGGAAUGAAAUUUUACUUUCGACUGCAUGCACAACUUUAUUACCUAUUCUAAUAUGAUACGUUUGAUACGAAUAAACUGUUUACAAGUUA